AUGCUUAGCAAUCAAGCAGAGACUGACCCAUUUCCUAAGGUAGUCGUCAGUGAGCUGGAUCAUGGGAAAUUGAGAAUCCCUCAUGACGAUCCCUUGGUUGUGGAGAUGAAGAUUGCUAAUUUAAGAGUGAGAAGAAUUCUAAUUGAUAUUGGGAGUUCGACGGAUAUCAUAAGCGCAAACUGUUUGUCGAUGCUGAAUUUCAAUGAGGGUUAUUUAGUAUUAGUUCAUUAUCCCAUAAUUGGGUUUGGGGGAGGAGUAAUCCACCCUAUGGGAACCGUUACCUUACCCAUCAGGGUAGGGGACAAGGAAGCAUAUAGAACGUUGUUCGUUAAGUUCUUGGUUGUUCGAGAUUUGAAGGCCUACAAUGUCAUUCUCGGAUGA